AUGGCGCCACGCCGCGAGGACAAGAAACAGCAGGAAAAAAAGACAUGGUUACAGGAGUAUUACGACAAUCCUGGUUACGGCCCGCCUGGUGGGACGGUCUCAAACCUCACCGACCAAGAAAUGUGCGACCACGUCGAAAUGCUUGUCGAACAUCUUGAAGAUGAUGAUCUGAAGAAGCGGAUAAAAGCCGCCGAGGCCAUGUCUGCGUACAUUGCCGAUGAUACAUAUUUGCCGGAGAAGAUGCCGGUCCACCCGGCCCAGGUGUUGGCAACCUUGUUUCACAAAGCCAUCCCUGAUAGAUUAGCCUGCAUCAGUGCAGCCCGGUGCCUAAGUAUUAUGGGGAGAAAGGCCGCGUCUUACGCUUCUGGAGCGCUUACGAAAGUCUUACAGAACAGUGGCAGCGACCUGAGAUACGAAGCCCUGGUGGCUUUGGGAUACCUCGGGCCAGGGGCAGCUCCGGAGGCUGCGGCGGCUGUGGCAGGACGUGCCACGGACGACGACGAUGCGCGUUUACGUCGCCAGGCGCUGCAUACUUUGACCAUUUUUGGGCCAGAUGCUGCUCAUGUUUCGUCUGCAGCCAUUGCGAAGGCAUGCCACGAUGAGGACACAGACGUGCAAGUCGCAGCGAUCAAGUGCAUGACUGCAAUGGGUUCAGACAUUGAUUGCAGUGUUGCUGGUCCCUCGCUAGUCAAAGUUUUGAAUUCAGGAUCACAAGAGAUGAGGCGCUUUGCAAUGGAAACAGUUGCCGUGAUUGGUUCUGGACUCGCGAGCUACGUGAGUAAGCCAAUUGCGGAACACUUGCGCCCGCUUCCAGGGAGCGAUACGGAGCUUCGCUUGCUGGCGGUCAUCGCUUUGGAAGCAUUGGGUCCAGAAGUAGUCUAUGAGCAGGAAGUCCUGCUUGCCAGAGCUGUGAAAGAUCCAGAAAUCGAGGUUCGGGAACGGGCUUUUCUGACGCUGCGAGACGCAGGAUGCGUAAAAGGCAUGAUGGGUUCUAUGAUGCUGGAGGAGCGCAUUUUCUCGCCAGAGGUUCUUGCAGCCUCGAAAUUGGCUGCAGACGACAGCGAUUCUGGUUCGUCGGCAUCAUCUGACUCGGAUUCGAGUGCCGAACUGGAAAGUUUCGGAAGUGAAGCAGAAGAAGACGAGGAGAAUUAUCCUGAAGAUAGUCUUGGGCUGGCUGAAGAGUCACGCGAAUCACCCGCAUGUGAAGAUGUUUUUGUGGUUGAGUUAUGGGGCAGAGAGAAAGGACAUCGACGCCGAGGAGGCGGAGCGCCUCCGCAAGAGCCUUAUGCAGUGGUCCUGAGACCGGGCGACACGCCGGCCACGGCAGCGGCCUCCAAAGGGAAGUCGAAUUGUCUCACAGUUUCACACCGGCAUUUGUUUCCAGAAUGCCGCAGGUUCACCACACCCAUGGGACACACAUGCAUUUCAUGUGUGCUGCCAGUCUCCAUCGUGCUGGUCGCGGCGUCGGCACAGCAGGACUGCACAUACUUGAUCUGUCCAAGCGGACAUGCUCCGAAGCUUCGAGUGACUCCUCCACUGUGCAAAGGGCAGUGCAACGUUGCCGUCGACUUGUACACGUGCUGCGACCAACUCUGCAGCGACUUUAGCUGCCAGGGUGCAUCUGAGCUCAAGGCAAACUCUUCGGAGAUCGUCUGCCGCGGACAAUGCGACAAGUUGAGGGAUAGGUCGCGGUGUUGCGACAUGCUUCCAGCCCAAGAGGAGCGCCUGCAGCUGCUCCGGGCUUCGGUGGCCGGCAAGGCAAGCCAAGUGGAUCGCCUGGUGUCCAUGUCGGUUGACACGCGUCGGACCCUUCCUGGCGGUACGGGGGCGUUGCAUUUUGCUGCACUUCACGGACACACUCAAAACUUGAGGCGAUUGAUCGAUGGCCGAGGCGACGUGAAUGCGCUGGACGCCCUCGGCUGGGCCCCGCUGCACCUGGCGGCGGGCACAGGCCAGGCCCCGAUAGGUCGGAUCGCUGCCAUGAACUUGCUCAUCGACUCUCGGGCCAUUCCUGAUUUACGUUCCGGAGACGGUUUGGAACCUUUGGAUGUUGCCCGCCAAGCUGCGCAGCGCUUCCCUUGGCUUGCCCUGUGCUUCUCAUGCCACCUUGGGCCAUGA